AUCACUUAGCAAAACUCUCAGAUGCUGGCCAUGUUUUCAGGGGCUGAAUGACGGGCUUUUCUUUGGUAAACUUGGAUUCAUAAGCUCUGCACUACAAAGCAAGUGAUUAGAAAAGAAAUCCAUAGAAAUUAGACUAGCAAUACCAGCCUGAAGAUGGUACGGGAGUGGCUUUUAUAUUUUGUUCCUGGAAAAUAAUCUUCAUGGGUACUUUUUGCAAAAUACUGGCUCUUCUGCCGCGGCAGGCCUGCUGGGUCUAGGCUGAGCCCGGCAUGGAGAUGGAGAACCAUACCGUGGCUGCAGCGACGAACUCCUGCACCUUUCAUGAGGAGUUCAAGCAGAUCCUGCUGCCCCUGGUCUACUCUGUGGUCUUUGUGGUGGGGCUCCCCCUGAACUUCAUCGUCAUUGUGCAGAUCUGGCUCUCCAGGAAGGUGCUGACCCGCACUGCCAUCUACAUGCUGAACCUGGCCACGGCCGACCUGCUGUACGUGUGCUCCCUGCCGCUGCUCAUCUACAACUACACGCAGAAGGACUACUGGCCCUUUGGGGACUUCACCUGCAGGUUCGUCCGCUUCCAGUUCUACAGCAACCUGCAUGGCAGCAUCCUGUUCCUCACCUGCAUCAGCGUCCAGCGCUACCUGGGCAUCUGCCACCCGCUGUCAUCCUGGCACAAGAAGAGGGGCAAGAAGUUUACCUGGAUGGUGUGCGGCGGGGUGUGGAUCAUCGUCAUUGCCCAGUGCCUGCCCACCUUCGUCUUUGUCUCCACGGGCAUCCAGAGGAAUAGGACCGUGUGCUACGACCUCAGCCCCCCGGACCACUCCGCCAGCUACUUCCCCUACGGCAUGACGCUGACGGUCACGGGGUUCCUCAUCCCCUUCGUCUUCAUCCUGGUGUGCUACUGCUGCAUGACCAAGAUCCUCUGCCAGAAGGACGAGAUGAUAGGCCUGGCCGUGCGCAAGAAGAAGGACAAGGCCAUCCGGAUGAUCAUCAUUGUAGUCAUCGUCUUCGCCAUCAGCUUCUUCCCCUUCCACCUGACCAAGACCAUCUACCUGAUCAUCCGCUCCUUGGCGGGCGUGCCCUGCCUGGUCUUGCAAACCUUUGCCAUCGCCUACAAGUGCACCAGGCCCUUUGCCAGCAUGAACAGCGUCCUGGACCCCAUCCUCUUCUACUUCACCCAGCGCAAGUUCCGGGAGAGCACACGCCACCUGCUGGAAAAAGUGAGCUCCAAGUGGAGGCACGACACAUGCCGCUCCUACAAGUCGUAGGCUCCGGGGAAAGGAGAACGAGGGGGGCCUGUUCUGCUGCGCGGAGGCAGAGGACUGAACGGCUGCGGCUUUAUUGCAGCCAGCCCUGCUUUACCCAGCAACAGAGAGAGAGAGAGAGAGCAGGAGGCAAGGACUGAUGGUCCUGAGCAUAGAGCUGGGAGCCAGGAGCUUCUGAGUUUACUCCCAGUUCUGGCCAUGGGUGGGUCACUGGGCCUCUCUGGGCCUCUGUUUACCCAUCUGCAGGAUGGAGAACAAUAUUCUGUAAAUAACAGGUAAAAUGAUGCUGACCUGCCACGCCUUGGUCAGGGCCUGGAAAGUGCUUUGAGGCUGGACCAUGCUAAGGACAGUUUAUCCUUAAAAUUCCAGCAAAUGGCCUGAGCUGGGAGAGGUUCCAGAACAGCUGGAAAGAGGGAAGUGAAAAUAAUUGGGAGCAGGUUUUGGGGCUGGGCGAGGUGGUGUCCGAACGCAGUAUUAGUACGGCUACGGUGGUGCACCGCAGCUCUCACCUAUGAGGAGGAGCGGGGCUUUUUGCAGAUCUGCUGCUCGCUCUGUGGAUUUCAGCAGAACCGCUGCGGGACUGGCGGUCCUUGCCACAGAUCUCUGACUGGCAAAGCCCUAGCAACCACGCGUGGGGCUUUGUGGUGAAUUGUGCUAGUGACGCUGAUUACAGUGGGCCCCACUCCACGCCACUGGAGUUGCAGCGCACACGGGUUUGUCCCAACGUGUUUGAUUCAGAGUGAUGUUUCCAGUAGAUUUGGGAAAUCAGUUAUUAGCAAGUAGUUCAGUGCUUCCUCUGGUUUACAACUACCUAGAUUUGGUGGACAAAAAUCUCUCUCCACGUCAGUCCCCUAGAGAGGAGAUCACCUCUGAGAACUAGCCGUUCGGGAAUAGGGGAAUCAACUGCUACUUGCCAGUGCACAAAUUACUGGGAUCUGGUCAUCUUAUCCACCAGCCAGUGUUUUUUCACUGCUUUGCCACAGUAACUCAGCUGAGUUUCCCAAGCAGAAAGCUGCUUUACUAAUGCAAGGAAAACCUACACUGGGAAUUUAGAGACGACAAUAGGUCUCUUGGGACCACAUGAGUCUACAAAAGGAUUGAUCCACAUGGGAGGGCAGGAAAAGGGAAAUCUAGCGAGUACAUCUACAGUAUUAUUGGCUGUUAACAAUGAGGACACAAUCAUUAAGCUAACCUGACUACAACAGUCUGAUUCAAUUUUAUCUAGAUCGUCUUACAACUCUCAUCACCGUAAUAUCUGAGCACCUUACAAUGCGAUCUUCCUGGUUUCUACUGUUUAAAGAUUCAUAAGUUGCCUGACUGGAUCUAACAGGGCUCGGGUGUGUUUUUAUUUUGUUUUAUUUUAUUUUAUUUUAUUUUUGGGCACCCUCAUUAUAAAAGAAUUCUCACAUCAUCUCCAGCAUUUUGAACGAAGAUCUAGUUCAUGGGAAAUUUAAUCUUGUGGGGUUUUUUAAAAAAGGAACUAGACACCAGAAUAUUUUUAAAGAAUUUCUAAUAUAGCUGCAGUGGUUUUAUGAUAUGCUGGUUUAGUGUGUAUGAGCAUAUCUCCCUCUAGUGGCAGAUCCUAGAUAUAAGACUGCUAUUUAAUUUCGCUCAUGCAAUAGAGACCUGUGUUUUUGAAUAUCACAGGUUCAGUCCCCACUGGAGUUAGCAUCUGGGCAGCCACAUCUCAUGACAGGCUGCGCUGGGCUUUUUAAGCAAAUCAACUCUGUUGUGACACAUCACUGAAUAACAUUUAAUUUGGGGGUGGGAGUGGAAGAAAUGAUUGGAAUGACUGUCAAUGCUUACGCCUGAGAUGGUUCUUGAUUAGCAGCAGAAACUAACCAGUGAGUAUGGGCAGGGUAUGAAAUAAGAGUUGAAGAAUUUAACUGAACAAAGGUGGAGUCAACAUCCUGGGCCAAAGCUAGCCCUGGGGUAAUCUAGCACACCGCGGAUAAAAUCACUUUGAAGUUUGUGGAGUUGCAUCUGCUGACAGUGGGGGACAGUGAAUUUGAUGCAGUGGGGAAGCAUAGGUGCUGUAUCUUCCCAUGCUGGGUGCAUCUGAAAUCAGCGUUGAGAAAAGCAGCCAGACGUCUCCUAGGUACUACUCUGAGCAGUAAGGUGUCAUCUGUCGACCAGCACUGUCACAUCAUAGCCACUCGUGACAUUUGUCCUCUGAGCUGUUUACGGGAUGUCUGCCACAUUGGCCUCCAUACCAGGGAUUGAUCCAGGGAUCUCCAGAGCUAAAAGCAGAAGCACUUACACCAUGAACUAAGGAACCUAGCCCCUCUUGUGGGCAGCUGUAACAGCUUCUAUCGCUGCGGGUCAGCACAGCAGUGGACCAGAUAUACACGCACCAGUGGAUGACACUUACACCACACCUGGUGGACUUGUGUCCACACAGCAGCUAUGUUCCCAACACAGCCACACUCUGCUUCAUUUAACCUGACUUCUACUGAUACCAUUUGCUUUUCCCUGUCUCAGUGCACCAGAUGUGCUCAUCUUCCUCUCUACCCCGACCUACCCCUCCUCUUCUCCAACCCACCACUCCCAUGGGCCGGGGGUAAUGAAGGCUGGGGGACCCAAACUCCUGCUAAUGCUCCCCACCGCAGCCCUGGGCCUGGGCCAUUGCAGGGCUCAGAGCUCCUCUGGGGAGCCUGGGCUAGGGAUUCAGCCCAGGCCAGCUGGGGCUCAGAGCUCCUCCAGACUGCUCCAGGCACCAGCGGGCUGUCUGGGGCUCAGGGCUGCUCCGGGGGCUGUCUGGGGCUCAGGGCUGCUCCGGGGGCUGACCGGGGCUCAGGGCUGUGCGAGCGGGCCAGCCAGUGAGAGCAGGGUGGCAGAAGGGGCCUCAGGCAAAAGGGGAGGACGGGGCAGGGCCUUGGGCAGAAGAGGCAGGGCAGGGGGCUAGCCUCCCCAAACGGGAGUUCACGUGCCGCCCGUGGCCGGUCCCUUCCAGGCCUCACACCUCUCCCAAUCUCAUCCCCCCGCCAGCUCCAUCUCUCUCUGCAACCAUAGAAUCCCAGAAGCGUAGGACCGGAAGGGACCUUGAGAGGUCAUCUAGUCCAGUCCCCUGCACUCAAGGAGGGACUAAGUAAUAACUCGACCAUUCCUGACAGGUGUUUGUCUGACCUGCCCUUAAAGCCCUCCAGUGAUGGCGCUUCCACAACCAUUGCCAUGAGCAGCACUCUAGUCAUUUGCACUGAAGAAUAAUCCCACUUCCCCGACAGGAGCUUCUUUCCCAUGAAGCUUUGCACGUAGCUCAUUUGCAUAAUGCUCUUCACUGUAGUCCUUUGUGGCAAAGGCUGUGUCACCGUCUGUGUUUGUACAGCACCUCUCACAGUGGGGCUCCGAAUGAGACUUUGGGGGACUUCCGAAAUCCAAAUGAAUAGUAUAAUGUGAAUCCACCCCGACCGCACUGUACCAGUGCAUUGUGGGAAAACUAUCCCAUAGUGCCUCAGGAGGCAAUAGCGUGCCCAGACUGGCACCAGCAGCAUGUGCAGCAAUGCCUUCUGGGAUGUCCUAGCACACACACAGCUGGGAGGGAGCAGGCCGGGCCAAGCCAGUGAUGCAGGCCUGGGGUGGGGGUACCGUGGACACUGCAAAGGAAACAUUGUGCCAAAGCAGUUCUAGGAAAGCAUCCCCGGGCUGGACUAGGGUUCAGGCACCGGUGGAACUGCUGCCAUGGUUGCUAACCAAGUGUUAGCGGUGGAGGCAAGCCAACCAGGCCGCUGCCUGGUUACAGACGCAACUAGAAGUUGUACUAUGGACGUUGUAAGGUCGAAGGCAAAGCACCCACUGAGCCAACAGGUGACACGUGGCCACAUCCACACACACAAAUCCCGCAGGGUGUCCAUCGCUGGAACUCUUAGCCAUUCACUGGACACUACGGCUGCAAACGCUAGAUCUGACUACCAGUUCUUGCCCACCUAAAGCUCCCACUGAACCCACAUUGGGCCUUACCUAGGGGGAACAGAAAGGCUAAACCGCCACCAUCUGGUGCAUGUGUUUUGAGACGCUGUAGAGGGACUUUGUGUGGAGUAACCGUGGCGUUACCAGCUGGUCCCCAGAUGUAAAUCUACAGUCCAGAAUUCACCUUUCGGUACAGGCGCUGACUUGUAAUUUUCCCCGGGGUGCUCCACCCCCACUCUGCUCCUCCCCUCGAGAUCCCACCCUCGCUCCUCCUCUUCCAGCCCCCGCUCCAACCCCUCCUCAAGGCCCCCGCCUGCUCACUGCUCUCUGCCCUCCCACUAGUGCCUCCCCCAGCCUCAGAACAGCUGAUCAGCGGUGGCGCUUGAGCCCCAGAGCACCAUAAUCAGUGCCUAUGCCUUUAGGGCUGACCCAAAGCCCAAUGACAUCGGUAGGAAAAACUCCCAUUGACUCAAUGGGCUUAGGAUUGGGGCAUUUCUUCAUGUUGAUCCCGGUGUCUGAAAAGCUCCUAGGGAGAGUGCUAAUGCAGCUAUUUGGCCUGGAGGAACCUGCCCCAGCUUGGCAACUCCCCAAAGUGGCCCUGUCUCUGGAGUUGAAUGACUGGUUAUCAGGCCUCCUUCUCCUUGGUGGAGAUCACUGGGUUUGACCGACAUUUGCUUGAGAGCAGCGCCCUCUAUCUGGGCCAUAUCCAGGCUUGGGGUGGAUAGGACCACUUCCACCAUCAGCAGGCAAAACUCCCAGGUGCUUUAGUGUCUCUAGGUUCAGUGAUACUCAGACUUCAGUGGUUCAGGAGCCAAAUUAGCCAUCAACAGAACCCAGAAGAGCCCCAGGAGUGUGAAUUCAUUGUUUCAUUUACUAUUUUUAUAUCUAUAUAAUUAUUCUCACAGCAGAAUGGCUGACCAAGUAGUCUGCAGUUGGUUAAUAACAUAGUAAAAGCCUCCUGAUUGGUUAAUAAUUAAAUCACCCAGGGUUUUAAUAUCAUGCGCUACAAAGAGCCGUGGGAAACGUAGUAAAAAGCCACUUGCAGCUCCCCAGCCUCAGUCUGAGUAUCACUGCUCUAGCAGGUAGGAAUCUGCACUGGGACUCAGGAGAGCUGGCCUCCUGUCCCGGCUCUGCCACUGACCUGCUGUGUGACCUUGAGCAAGUCACUUCAUCUCUUUGCGCUUCUGUUUCCUCUCCCACCCUUUGGCCUUCUUUUCUGUUUAGACUGUAAGUGCCUUGGGGCAGGGUGCAUAUCUCACUAUUGCCUUUCUGCAGUGCCUCGCACGAUGGGGCCCUGAUCUUGACUAAGGCUCCUAAGCACUGCUGUCAGACCAAGAACGAUAACUAGCUGAAGGCCCGUGCUGUCACAUGGGUAAGUCGGAAAUUUGUGUGUAUCAAAAAGCUGAAAAUGGCUGAGGGCUUCAAAAUUGGAGGGUAACAGACUGCGAAUCCAAGUGCUGAUUGGACCUGAUGCUAGUCUAAACACAAAGAGCUCUCAGCCAGGCUGGUGGCUGGUCUCAUCACUGGACUCAGCACUUCAGAGGGACACCCAGACAGAUUGAGAGCCCUGCAAUCUUUUUCUGUAGCUAAUUAGUUGUCCCUGACUACUCUAGGCCUGGAUUUGGGCUUUGAGAAGGCCCAGAAGAGAUGUUUGUAAAGAAAGAUCAUAGACAUGUAGCUGAGUGUCAGUUUAGAAUUUACAGACACGAUUUCCCUUUGUCCAUUUCUUGUUUUAUUUAUAAAUGUCCUCUGAACUCUAUGGUCCCAGGGAGCCCUUAAUAGCAGUAAAUGGGCUCAUAGCGCUGCCCUGGGACAGGGUUUCAAUUUAAUAUGUGGGCUGGCUGGCUUUUAUUCCACUAAAUCAGGGGGUUUCAACCUUUUUUCAUUUGCAGACCCCUAAAAAAUUUCAAAUGGAGGUGCGGACUCCUUUGGAGAACUCUGACAUAGUCUGCGGACCCUCAGGGGCCUGUGGGCCACAGGUUGAAAGCCACUGCCCUAAAUUAACUCUAGGGAUGAAAUGACCAGCUGGCUGCAUUUGUUACUGGAAACUAAGUCUGGGCUGAGGACUCACGCUGGUUGCCCCAGUCCCUUUAGCUGCUUUGUAGGCAAUGCAGAAAAUACUAACUGGUCUUUUCUGAACCCAGACGUUCUGGGCCAAAUUCACUGAAGUGGGUACAAAGCCACUGAAACCCAUAGAGUUGCACCAGUAUAAACGUGGUGUACGGGAGAUCUGGAUCAGGUCUCAUGUAACUUAGGCUUGGCUUGUCCGUUGUGAAAAGGUUCUAUCCACUGUAAUGUUACGAGUGGCCACAGUCCCUAAUGGGCUUAAGUAAACCUCACGAUGAGUUAUGCUAUGUAAAUAUAUCGUAUUGUGCCAGUCUGGCAUGCAACAGCACCCUGCAGCAUAACACCCGCUUCCCGGCCCCCGAGCCAAGGACAGGAAAUCCAGUUCCCACCCCUGCCUGCUUUCACUAUUUGACCAUAACCAAACCUCCUCCUUUAAGAAGGGGAAGAUCAAACACAGGGUAUCCAGAUCUGAGCAAUAUAACAUGCCAUGACUGAAGCUGUACAAACUCUUAUGUUCCACUGUCCUCCCAGGACAGGGCACCAAACAAUGACCAGGGUGUGCAAAGGGGAAAAAACUUGCUUGUCGCUGUGAGGAGGAAGAAAGGGGUGGAGUGGGGAAGAGGAGGGAGAAAUGUGGGUGACCAACUGCAUGGGAAGGAGGAAGAAUGAACUGACCCUUUAAAUUUUAAACAGAUCCCUGUAGGGUUUUCCCUCCCUAGUUGUGUAAGGGUGGAUUUAUUUUCCAUGCUCUGCUUUGCAUUGUUCUGCUCCCCAGACAGAAAAGAACAACAAAUCCUGAAUCCGACUGCAGACCCUGCUUCCAUAGUCCCGUCCUCUGGGAUAGUUUUCUCUCUGUUGUUUUUUCCCAGCUGCUAGGCGCUUUCUUCUUCUUUUUUAAAUAAAAACCAGUGGCAGGAUUUUACUUUCUGCUAGUAAUAUCUCAUCCUGCCUGAUGAUGAGCUGGAAAGAUCUGGAGAGCUUCAGAUAGACCCAGACUAGAGUUAAGGCCUGCACCACGAAGUUCUCAUCUGGAGGGUAAGAAGAAAUCCAGCGCCUGAUCCAAAACUCUUUGAAAUAAAUGGGAAUCUUUACACUGAAUUUAAUAGGCUUUGGAUCAGUCCAUAUGGAACAAUGAGAUGCAUUAUGGGGAUUGUAACCUUCCUCUGAAGCAUCUGGUCGGAGAUGGUGUACCAGCUUAGAUGGGUCUGCCCGUGAUAGAGAUGGGCCCAAGCCGCACACUUCAAACCCUGUCCAUUUGGGUUUCAGAGUAGCAGCCGUGUUCGUCUGUAUCC